ACAGUUUCUUCUCGUCACAAGAUACAAAUUUCCAGCUGCGAUGGCUUCCUGCCAGAACUAAACCAUGAAGGAGGAUGUCCAGAUUUCGCUCUACGCCAGCUUUUCGUCCAAGUCACGGAUCUCUCGGGCAAGUAAAGUAUCUCGCACGUCACCGGCGACAUGAAGGCCAAGGCCGAUCGUGACGAGGCCUCACCCUACGCCGCUCAGGACGUCGUCGAAAAGUGCAAGUCGCUGCGUGCCACCGGCGGAAACCGCACCAAGACACCGGGACCGGGUGCCCAGUUGGUGCUCCGUGCCUUGGCCUGUUCGUCGAAGAAUAUUGUGAAUUUUGUGAAUAUUGUGAAUAUAGUGCUAUGUAGUGUAAUCAUAAAUAAAUGCUCUGUUUUAAUUUGUGAGGUGUUUUCAUUUUUCCUGAAUGACACGAAGUUGUUCCUCAAGGAAGGCUUAGUCGACAAAAAGCAUCUGACUAAACAUAUUUCAGGACGGACGAGACGGCUGGCGCAGGGCAUCUAGGUGAAACAUUUCAGUACACGCAGUUUAGAAUCUCGAAAGCACACAGCAAAAAAACAAACUUUCAAAACCGUCAUCCCAGCUCGAAAGCAC